AUGUCUUCAGAAUCCCGUCUCUACACUUUCAGCACCGAAACGAAAGCACAUCUUCGCAAAUUCAGACUGGGGACUUCACGCGCAAAUGAUCCACAAGCUGUUAUAUAUCUCAUCGAUAAAACUAGCCUAGAAAUAAAACAAGAUGAAGAAGGAACCGUAUACAAAGAUCUCGAAUCGAUAGGCGAUGACCUUCCAGAUCAUUCUCCUCGAUUCAUUCUUUUAAGUUAUCCUUGCACCCUGCCCUCGGGUCGUCUCUCCGUUCCAUAUGUCCUGAUAUUCUACCUACCGCCUACGGUCAACGCCUCACAACGUAUGUUAUAUGCUGGAGCCAAGGAGCUCAUGAGGAAUACGGCGGAGGUAUCAAAGGUGUUGGAGAUUGACAGUGCGGAGGAUUUGGAAGAGAUACCUGAUAAAUUGAGGGGAGAUGAGAGGUAG